GUGACAGAGAUGACAUCCUUAGUACAGGUCGCUGAUAUAAAUAGGUCAGCGGAAUUUCUCCUAGUUUCAUGAACCGUAAACAGCGCACCUGCGUGGGUGGUUUUUCACUAGCGUGGACACCCUUUACACAGUUUUCAAAGUGAGUUCAGGUAUUCACAUUGAGAUAGCACAAGCAAUCAUGGCGUCAACAAAACACGUCUACAACAUGAACCAUCGACAUCGCGGCUUCGCCUACAUAAUCAACAAUGUCAAGUUCGACGAACUGACAGAAAGGUCCGGAAGUGAGGUAGAUGAGGAGCGACUGACGGAGAGGUUUUCAGCCUUACAGUUCACGGUCAAGUCAUUUCGUAACCAGAAAAGAACGCAAAUGGUAGACCUAUUAGACAAAGCAUCUAAAGACGACCACAGUGACAGCGACUGCUUCGUGUGCGUGAUUCUGUCUCACGGGGAGGAGGAAAAGAUCUACGGCACAGAUGGUGCAGUGGAGGUCACCAAACUCUUGGACCCAUUCAAAGGUCAUCGUUGUGGAUCUCUUGCCGGGAAACCGAAGCUGUUCUUCAUUCAGGCAUGUCGGGGGAUGGAGUCGGACAACGGCGUGGAUGUCCUCGGUGUUAUAGGAGACGGCGAGGAUGUUGAUGAAGUUGCAAUUUAUAGGAUACCAAGAGAAGCUGACUUCCUCGUCGCAUAUUCAACUGUCUACGGUUAUUUGGCAUGGCGCGACAGACGACAAGGAUCAUGGUACAUACAGGCGUUGUGCAAGGUUCUAGAGGAGCACGGCAAGACCCUUGACCUGAUGACUAUGAUGACCCGUGUCAAUCACACAGUGGCCCACGAUUAUUCUGCAGAGUUUACGAUAACCGUCAAGAAACAGAUGCCAUGCAUAACUUCAAUGCUGACCAAGGACGUAUUUUUUCAUCCAAAAUAAACAUUGUAUACAUCA